AUGGAUGCAUUGAUCCUAGAUGUGACCUCGUCAAGUUCUGGCAGUAAAUUUGCAAUCGGUUUCCCAAGACAUCUUGGUGAUGGAGCAACCCAGUUGUUCUUGUUCAUCACAAAUCCAGAGUCAAGUGCUGUUAAUUUCACAGUCACUCCAAUUAAUUUUAGUGGGAGCAUUUCAACAUCUUCUGCCACUGUAAAUAUCUCUUCCAGUUUUGAAGUUGUAUCUGUAAAUGAAAGGACAAAGGGGAUUCUUAUUGAAGCUGACGGAAACGUCAAUGUGUAUGGGAGUUCCUUUGAAGACUUUUCUGCAGAUACCUACUUAGCAUUACCCUGUACUGUAAUGGCAGUGGAUGAAUACGAAUAUUAUGGAAUCUCCUAUGACACCUUAGAUACAAAACCUAGUGUGAUUUUGUUAGUGGCUUGUGAAAAUGGAACUGUUGUCAAAUUCAAUUCUUCAAUAAUAACACUCAAUAGUAUGGAAACAUAUCAGAUUGAAAGUGAUAAUGAUCUCACAGGAACAAGAAUAACUAGCUCCAAACCUUUGUCUGUGUUUAGUGGAUCAGAUUGUGCUAAUGUUCCUCAAAAUACAUUCGAUUGUGACCACCUGGUUGAACAAGUGCCUCCGACUGUGACUUGGGGAUCAAAUUUUCUCGUGGCAUCUCUCGAGGGUAGAUCUUCUGGUGAACGUAUUCGUGUUCUUAGUGCCCGAGCAGCAAGUGUAGCUGUGAGCUGUAACACUAACGUAUCAGUCAGUGAAUUCCAGUUACAAAGUGGAGGGAGCUUCAGAGAAUUUGAAAUACCUACCAACAGUUUUUGUAGCAUUGAAUCCACUUCUCCAGUACUAGUCGCCCAGUAUGCAUAUGGUGAACAGAGUGAUGGCAUAGGAGACCCGUUCAUGAUGAUAAUCCCUCCAAUUGAGCAGUUUACAAAUAAUUAUUUAGUUGAGAGUUCCACUAAUUUCGCAUCCAACUACGUCGCGACGUAUAUUUCUUCUGAGUUUUUUCAAACUACACAAAUAUUAUUAGACAAUUCCAUUGUUACUGGGUGGCAGAAUGUUACAUGUUCAAGUGGAGAAGUUUGUGGCCACAUAAGUAGAGCAAAUGUGUCUACUGGAGCUCAUUCUAUCCGCCAUCAAAACAGCUCAGCCGUUCUAGGUGUCUCGGUGUAUGGAUUCAAUACACUCAAUUCGUAUGGUUACCCUGGAGGCAUGAGAUUAUCUCCCAUACAAUCCAUAACCUGUCCUCCAUUGACUGCUCCUACUAAUGGAUCUGUGAUAUACAGUUCUACUGCUGAUGAAAAUGGAACCUAUGCCCUGGAUGUGGUUGCAACCUACAACUGUGACACUGGAUUUUCUUUGGCUGGUAACCAAACAAGGACAUGUACUGGAGAUGGCAGCAGCACUACUGGUGCUUUUAAUAGAUUGCCUCCAACUUGUGAAGGUAAGUGCAUACUUCUGUUUUGA